CCUGCCAAACAGCUAUUGACUCAUCAAUAGUUGAUUGUGUUCCAGUGAACCACCCUGACACAUAAAAGAGCAAAUGCUCCAAGAAAUCAGCUGCAUUUUCCUUUUCAAUACACCGAAGGCAUGAAGGUUCUCUUAAUAACUCUGGUUUGUAUUCCGUUCAUGACUGCUCUGAUAAGGAUUCCACUAGUUCAGUUUAAUUCUAUCCAAACUGUACUUCGAAAAGGAGGACAACUGGAGCAAUUUUGGAGGAAUAAUGUACCUGAAAGUUUUUCUCAGAAGUACCACCCUUGCUUUCCAUCUGAUAUUUUUUUGUCCAUGAGAACUGCAAAAGAAAAGCUUCAUAAUUACAUGAAUGCCCAAUACUAUGGAAAAGUGAGCAUUGGGACUCCCCCGCAGACAUUCUCUGUGAUAUUAGACACUGGAUCUGCUGAUUUUUGGAUACCAUCAAAAUAUUGCAUGAAUGAGGCUUGUUUAAAUCACAACCAAUUUGAGCCAUUUCUGUCACAUUCCUAUCAGCAUGGAGGGCGACACUUUUCUCUGCGGUACGGUACUGGGCACCUCAUGGGCAUUUGUUCCAAAGACGUGGUCCAGAUUAGCAACAUUUCUAUUGAGGCCCAAGACUUUGGUGAAUCUCUCUUGGAGCCAGGCAACACUUUUGUCUCUGCACAUUUUGAUGGGGUGUUGGGCUUGGCAUACCCUAACUUGUCAGUGAUGGAUGCUGUUCCAGUCUUUGACAAUAUGAUGAGGCAGAAUUUGGUUGAAGAGCCUGUGUUUUCCUUCUUUCUGAACAGAGAUGGCAACGAGGAUGGCGGUGAAUUGAUAUUUGGAGGCAUAGACCAUUCACUCUACUAUGGACCCAUGUAUUGGAUUCCUGUCAGUCAGAAAAUGUACUGGCAGAUUCCUCUUGAAAAUGUGAAAAUCCAGGGACAGAUUGUAGCAUGUAGAAAUGGCUGUGAAGCUAUUGUAGAUUCAGGAACCUCUCUUAUUACUGGUCCAUUACUAGAUAUCAAAAAACUACAAGCAAAAAUUGGAGCUGUCCCCGGUCCUGCUGGAGAGUUUCUUGUGGACUGCAGGAGACUUUCUAGUCUGCCCUCAAUAAGCUUUACCAUUAAGCAGAAAGAAUUCACAUUAACACCAAAGCAAUAUAUAAUUAAGGAAUACAGCAGAUAUGAGGCCUUGUGUUUCAGUGGUUUCCAAUCACUGGAUCUCAUCUUUAAUGAAGAACCAUUGUGGAUUCUAGGAGAUGUAUUUAUGUCUGGUUUUUACACUGUUUUUGAUCGUGGACAUGAUAGAAUUGGCUUUGCUAAAUUAGCUCGUAAAGGAAGGCGAAGAAAUCAACAGAAAUAGUAAAGCACCAUAGGUAGAGAUAAUAUUGAUAAUUUUGCCUUUCACACAAUGAACAAGAAUUUCUUUUGAUAUGUGGAGACAGAGUGGGGAGAAGAAGGUGUAAAAGGAUUUAACUAUUGGGAGUCCACUUUUACAGCCUGAUUCUGAUCCUUCUGUGGUCAUAAUGGAGGUGUAGCAACUUCUUCCAACCUACUGACUGUCAGAUGUGGCAGGGUUAACAGGUUGGAAAACUAUUUCUCCAAUUAUUGUAGAACUAUUUAUGAUUGAAACCCUAAUACCUAUCAGGUAGCCAUAUUAGAAAUAGCUGAAAAAAGUCUUCAAAAGUCGUAGAGCUGAGCCAUUUGGCUUAGCUAAUUUACAUUUACUUGGAUCAUGAUGUAUGUUCAUUUUUGUGUGCAAAGGACGGUAUGGUAGCCUUAGCUUUCAAUCCUAUAUACAGUAUACUUAGAUGAGAAACAAGCUUUUGUUCUAAGGCAAAAGUUAUCGUUAUUCUGUGGAUUAAAUUAUUACUACCCAACUGGUACAUGAAAAAUUACUUAUCUGGAGUAAUUAUGUUACAGUUGAUAUAAAGCACAGGAGGGGAAUGAUGGCUGGCUCAGGAAUUCUCAGAGUUGAAGUCCACAAGUCAUAAAAGAGCCAUCAUUUCCCAACCCUGAGUAAAGGAAUAUUGUCUGACAGGCCUGAUUUGGCCUAUGGGAGUUUCUUCCCUUGUUUUGUUAAAUUCUUUUCCAUUUCCCACCUCAUUGCCAACAAAGGCGGCAGAUCUUUAGCAGAGAGAAGAGGCAUUUUCUCACUGUAGACUCAGACACCGGUAUAAUUAAUUAGCUGGGUUUGUGGCUAGAUAAGAUUCCCCUUGUCUGCCCUAAAGAUAGGCAAGAUAUUUGAGACUGCUACCCAAUACAUAUUUACAGGUGAAUUUGUUUCAUUAAAAUCAGAGAUGCUCAUUUUUGGUAAAAAUUAAAAUAUCAUUGUAGUUAAGAAGCCUUAAAAAUAGAAUUGCAGAUAUAGAAUUGCUGAAAUUGAUAUAAGAUUUAUUCCUCAG